GCCGGCUACAAUUUUUCGCUAGUCCGCGCCGCGCUCGUUUUAACGACGGAAUGUCCCGUCGCCGCCGUUGAUCCGUUAAGUUAAACACGCCAGUCGAGGGGGUGCAAGUUUUCGUAAUAAAUAUUAAAUCCGAGACGUCAAAAUGGAUCCCGAGGCAUUUCUCGACAUUGCGAAUCAGGUCGUCAAACUGAAAAUGUUCCCGUACUUUGACAUCGCCCAUUGCACGCUGUGCGCUCUCUCGGUGAGGGAAGACCUCGGCACCGGUGCUCAAACAUUUUCUCGCAAACAUCCUGUGGCGUGCUGGCUAUCGUACAUGCUGGUUGUCUUCGCGGGGGGAAUGGUAGCCAAUGGACUCCUGGCAGAACCCAUAUUAGCACCCCUGAAAAACACACCCCAAGUCUUAGUCGCGACUGCCGUCUGGUACAUCGUUUUCUAUACCCCUGCCGACGUGGGGUACAAACUAGCCAAAUUCUUGCCCGUCAAAAUAGCGUUCUCGGCGAUGAAGGAAAUCUACAGAUGCAAAAAGGUGUACGACGGGGUGACGCACGCAGCCAAGCUCUACCCCAACGCUUACCUUGUAAUGAUCAUUAUUGGCACAUUGAAAGGUAACGGAGCGGGGUUCACUCGCCUCAUGGAGCGACUGAUUCGAGGAGUUUGGACACCCACGGCAAUGGAGUUUAUGCAACCCAGCUUCUACACCAAGGCGUCCUUGGUGGCCUCCAUUAUUUUCAUUCUAGAUAAGAAGACGGAGCUGAUUUCCGCUCCCCACGCCCUCGUCUAUUUCGGAAUUGUAAUAUUUUUCGUCUACUUCAAACUGUCGUCAAUAAUACUCGGCAUUCACGACCCGUUCAUACCCUUCGAGAAUCUGAUGUGCGCCCUUUUCUUCGGCGGCAUCUGGGAUUCGCUAGCGAAAAUAUUCGGCAAGGGACAGAUCAAGGAAGGGGAGGCUAAGGACGCCAAGAAGACCAACUGAGAGAUUAAAUACGCGAAACGCGUGCCCGGAUAGUAGGUCUGAUGUAGUGCGGAACAUCAAACUUACUGUCCUCGUCGAGAGGCUACCGAAACAAGUCUGUAAUACUGUACCAAAAAUAAAAGUC